CCAGCUAGAAGCUCUUGGCAUACAGCCCUCAGCUCCGCUUGAUGAAGAGGAAGAGGAACGCGAAUGGGAGGACCUAGACAGUGAAGACGAUGACGGCGAUGUAGAAAUGUCGUAGCAGACGUUGCAAAAGUAUCACCUCUACAGAAUCUAAUAAUACCCGGUUCCGGAUAAUAUCUCGCUUGUAAAUGAUCGGCGAAUGAAUUUGAAACACAGAAGACCGGCUUGCUCUUCUCUUCUUCAUUCUGUUCCCAUCCGACCCUUGGAAACAUAUUUUCCUUUCUAUCUUCCACCCUUCGCAUGGCAAAACUGCGUCGGGAUACCCAUGAAUCUCAAUUUUUCCCCUCUACAGAACGGCCGUUGCGAAUCGUCGCGUCGGGCACUCUCUUUGUGACACAUACGUUAUCCAUACCGUGUCAACCUACACCCUCUUCAGUAAUUCGCGCUCAUUCUGUUGAAAAGAAUCGUGGCGGCUCUGCAAGCACUCUUUUGUCCCUUUUAGCCCAGUUUUCAAAUGUCGAAGCGGCUCUCGUCGCGCCCCUAGGUGGAAACGAUGAAGGAAACAUGAUAAUUCGGGAUCUGGAGAAGGAGGGCGUCAGCACGCGAUUUUGCAAGAUUUGGCCUGGCUCAGGUGUUCCCAGUGCCUGGGUCUUCCAUGCCGUCGAUAAUGACACGCGUACGAUCGUGAACCACAAUCCUCUACCGGACAUAACUCACGAGGAAUUCGUCUCAAUUCUUGGUCCUCUCUUGGCUCCAGAGAAUUACAUACUUUUCUCGCCGGCAGAGUCUCCAGCGUCGCCUAUGCAUCCACCGGCGUCACCUUUGCCAGCUUCAAUGUCAAACCAAUCAUCACCACGGACUCCGGGGACCCCGGUCAUGUUUAAUCCUAAUAGUCCUGCCCCGUUUGACUGGCUUCAUUUCGAAGGCAGGUCAGUGAAAACGACUUUGAGUAAUAUCACUGGUCUAGACGGUCUAGCACGGGAACGAAAAUGGAGGAGUCACUGUGUCUUUAGUGUGGAUGUCGGAAGAAGAGGAAGACAGGGUGUAGAAGCCCUGAUCCCGCAUGCAGAUGUUCUGUUUGUUAACAAGCAUUACGCUCAGGCAAACUCACCCCAUUAUGCCGCAACGCCCCGAACAUUCCUGCUGUCUUUCAUGAGUAUCGCGCCUCCGCAUGCAUUGCUGGUAGCGCAUUGGGGCUCUGAAGGUGCCGCUGUCUUAUCUUUACCUACCCGAGAAUAUUUCCAGAGCUCGGGAUGGGUAGAAGAUCGGUCAACAGCUCGACACCCUUCCAAUUCUCACCCUCCUCUUCCUCGAAGAAGAGAUACAGUGGCCAAUACCACUGCCAACUCUAGUGAAGUGAACGAUGUGCUGUCUGUGAGAAGCGGAAGCGACUUCUGGGCUGACGGGCGCAGCCGUACGCCUUCAUCUAGUGCAUUUACCGCUGGCAACUAUACAAGUAGUGAUGCUCGGAGCCAUCUUGGCCUCGGCACGCCUCAAGCAAGGUCACGUUCGCGGCCUCGAGGUCAUGGUAACAGAUACGACACAACUCAGACCGAGGAAGACGACAAUGAAGAUGCCGACCACGACUCCCAAGGAACAGAAGUUCCUGAAAGCGACGAUAACGUCGUUGACGAGGUUGGCGCGCAGGACGCGUUUGUGGCGGGAAUGAUAUAUUCUUUGAGUCGGCGGAUAAUGCCAGGUCCUCCGUAUACCCCCGCAUCGGGCGGGGAAGACGUUCGUCCUGCUAAUAUGGAUCACGAAAAGGGUCGCUGGAGACUAGAUGAAUGUCUACGAUUUGCGACUGAGCUUGCGGGGCGUAAAGCCCGCCGACGAAACUGGGACGGAUUGGCUGAUGAAAUGGCGCGCGCAGGGUGGUUUGAUAAUGCUUAUUAAAGCCAUACAAUGGCGUGUAAUGGUAUACCAACUGGUUACGAACAUACCCAUUUUUCGUUAUUUACUGAUAGAUGCAUCUAUAUUGGAUACACAUUCUUUGUUUGCUUGCACUAGGUUGCCGUCGCGGCACUGACGUCGCCUGACUCCUGCCUUCUCUGAUUCUCCUGUGCUUCAAUUUUCUCCUCCGACCUUCUCUAUACCUGAAUCGAAAAUAACUGCUCGGAAAA